AUGGCGUAUCAACCGCCACAAUUCAACCAAACACCUAAUAAUCCUCAACAGCAAUUUUACCAAAAUCAACAGUUCCAGCACAAUGGAUUUCAACAGCCGGGUAUGCAAAAACCUGCACAAGCUCUGGGAGAAUUCGCGCCCCCACAACCUUCAGUCCCACAACAACCGAACGGAGGUGUUUAUCAGAAUGGAGCUACCAAUGGGGCUCAUCCUUAUUCGCAACCACCAGGAAUUGUGCCACAACUUGCACAGUCUGUCAAUAACAUAUCGUUAGGUUCAAGAGCAACACCCACGCAACAAUUCAAUCAAGCAGGGCAUCCGGGUCCAGGUUAUCAUGGAGGUCCUUUGACUGCUCCUCCACAGCCUCCAUUACCAAAACAGCAAACUCCACAGGAACCUCAGUUCAGUGGUUUAUCACAGAACGUCGCACAAUCCCCACAAGGUCAACAAGCAGCUCCUACCACAGGAGUACCAUCGGCUAAUCCACCAUUCAUUGGGUUACCUGGUGGAGCACCACAGAUGGGGCACCCUGGAACUCCACAACCACAAGCUCAACAUCAGAUCCAACAGCCUACUCCUUUACGGCAUCAAGCUGCCGGGUUCCCUCCUAUACCUGGAACUUCUAACUUCCAACAAACCGCAGGUCCACCUCUAGUCAAUUCAGGAAAUUUCCAAGGAGCACCCACUGGGCAACAACAAGCGAAUGCCCCCAGAAACUUCGCCCCUGGUCCAAAUCCACCAGGAGCUUUUCCACCAGCACCGGGAUCAUUGCCAACUGCGCAGGGAACUUUUCCUCCAGCGCCAGGAGCUGCAGCUCCAUCUGCAGGAGCUCCAGGAAAUUUUCAAACAAACGGUCCAAUGCCUGGAGCCGCCUUCCCUCCAGCCCCACAAGCCCCAACAGGUUUUCCACCUGGAGCACCAGGAGCUUUUUCACAAGGUCCAGGACCUUACCCACAAGUUCCUGGUUCUCAAGGGCAGUAUCCACAAGCACCUGGCGCACCCGGAGCAUUUCCGCAAGGACCUGGCGCACCCGGAGCAUUUCCGCAAGGACCAGGAGCACCUGGAGCAUAUCCACAAGGACCGGGAGGACCUGGAGCAUAUCCGCAAGGACCUGGAGGACCUGGAGCAUAUCCGCAAGGACCUGGAGGACCUGGAGCAUAUCCACAAGGACCUGGAGUGCCAGCAAUGCCCGGAAUGCCGGGAGGCUAUCCGGGAGGUCCGCCUCAGCAGCGUCAACAGCGUCUUGAUCCUAACAUGAUGCCGAGUGCUGUACAAGUUAUCGAUGAUGAUUCGACACGUACUGGAAUUUUCCCUACUGGAUAUCCUCAUGCUGAACUCCCACCCCUUGUUUCCACAUUUUCUUUCGCCCAAGAUCAAGGAAAUUGUAAUCCAAAGUACAUGAGAUCAACAUUGUAUACAGCUCCACAAACCAACGAUAUUCUGAAAGCAUCACAGAUUCCUCUCGCUGUGGUCAUCUCACCGUUUGCGCCAUUGAACGAAUAUGAAAAUGAACCACCUGUUGUUGAUUUGGGACCUCAAGGGCCAGUACGUUGUCAACGUUGCAAGGCCUAUAUCUGUCCUUUUAUGGAAUUCCAAGAUGGUGGUCGUUCCUUCCGAUGUCCAUUCUGUCAUGCUCGAACUCCUGUAGAAGAUGCCUAUUUUGCACAUCUUGAUCAUACUGGAAGACGGACAGAUAUCGAAAUGAGACCUGAAUUAUGCCUGGGAGCUUACGAUCUUGUGGCAACAAAGCAAUAUUGCAAGAAUGGAAUAGCACCAAAGGAGCCAGCAUUCAUUUUCAUGAUCGAUGUUUCCUACAAUGCUCUCUCAAAUGGAAUGUUGCCUAUUCUAUGUCAAAAUCUAGAAAAAGUUCUUAGAAAUCUUCCAAGAGAAACUGGACAAUUGGAAUCGUCGAUCCGUGUUGGACUAGCAACUUUCGAUCAAGCCGUUCAUUUCUUCGAUAUUUCUUCAGCAGCUCCGAAAAUGCUUGUGAUGUCUGACGUUCAAGAGCCAUUUGUGCCCAUGGUUGAUGGACUCCUUCUCCCAUAUAACGAAGCGCUACCUGGACUUCGUGCUGCUCUUGCUGAGAUUCCAAAGAUUUUCGCUCAGUCGAAAACAACUGAGACGAUUCUUCAACCAGUAGUCCAAGCUGGUCUUGAUGCUUUGAAAUGUGCUGAUCGUGCUGGUAAAUUGAUAAUUUUCUCAACUGUUCUCCCCACAUUCGACGCCCCUGGAAAGUUGAAAACCAAAAAUGACCGAUCACUUCUCGGAACCGACAAGGAAAAAGGUGCACUUGUUCCACAAGAGGAGUCGUACACAAAACUAGGAGAGCAAUGUGUAAAAUCUGGAGUAACUGUUGAUCUAUUCAUUUUCCCAAACGCUUUCAUCGAUGUUGCUACUAUUGGACAACUUUCUGCAGUCACUGGGGGAUCGAUUUACAAAUUCCAAUACUUCUCGGCUGACAAGGAUGGCGUCCGGAUGUUAAAUGAAUUAGAACGGCACGUGUCCAAGAAGAUAGCUUUCGAUUGCAUGGCAAGAGUUAGAACCUCAACUGGAAUUCGUCCAAUAACCUUCUCGGGCUCUUUUUACAUGGAAAACUCGACAGAUUUGGAACUGGCUACUAUAGACGAGAGCAAAGCAUUCAUAACCGAAAUCAAACACGACGACAGUUUGAAAGAUCCAGCUUCACUUAUUCAAACUGCUGUGUUGUACACGUCAAUGACUGGACAAAGACGUCUUCGAAUUUUGAACAUGUGUCUUCCAGUUACGGCUGAUUACAAUCAAGUAUAUCGGCUUGCUGAUCCAGAAGCAUUGACGACUUUCAUGUUGAAACAGGCUGUUCAAUUAAACCGUGACAAAGGAAGUUCGGAAAUGAAAGAAUCACUUUCAUCCAGAUGUGCACAGUUUUUGGCAACAUACAGAGAAAAAUGCAGCGAGGGAGCUCCUCUCGGUCAACUCAUUCUUCCAGAAUCAUUGAAAUUGAUGCCGCUCUACGUUAACUCAAUUUUGAAAAAUGACGCAAUAAGCGGAGGAAGUGAGAUGACUGUGGACGAUAAAGUAUGGCAAAUGGAGCUGAUUCGUGGAAUGAGAACCGAGGAUGUAAUGCCUCUAAUAUAUCCAAGAGUCAUGCCAGUUUCGGACCUUCAAAUCAACGAUAACGAAGAAAUGAAAGAGCUUCCAAAACCCGUUAGAGCUGGUUCCGAUUUCCUUGAUAAUUCUAAAGCAUACAUCAUCGACAAUGGAGUUAUUUUGUUCGUUUGGGUCGGAUCUGCCUGUUCUCAACAAUGGAUUCAAGACGUGUUCGGCGUCGGUGCUGCAAACCAGAUUGACACAGAAACUGGAACAAUACCAGAGAAGGACAAUAGCCACUCACGUGCUCUUCGGAGAACUAUUCAACUUCUACCUCGCGGAAUUCGUCACAGAAAAACAUAUGUUGUUGUUGAAAAAAGCGGUUUAGAACCGUGGAUGAAGAAAUACUUGGUAGAAGACAAAUCUGGAGCCGCAAAUAUGUCAUACGUGGACUAUCUUGUGGAUAUUCAUCGCAAGAUCCGUGAUCUCAUUUCCUAA